AAGCACUUCAGGGCACCGAGGAGGGUUCCUCGUUCAGUAGGAUCAGCACAUCGGUCACAUUUACACCAGAAAUGUUUUGUUUUAUAAAGCGAGUCCCUACGCGGUGGUUCGACAACCUGACCAGUCUCUGUAACAACUUCAACUACGUGGACGUUUAUGUGAUUAUGGAAAAAUAAUCUAAAUGCCCAAUACACACCAGUAUCACCUCGCGAACAUUUUUCACGGUGCCUGACGGUGCAGUGAUCAAAGAAAGUGGUUGCCCCAGAAUGCAAACCUUGUUUGAGGAUCUCGAAGAUGAGUGUCCGUGGUAUUAUUUCGACAGUUCUUACAAAGUGUUACUGGGAGCUUGCCUUUUUAUAUUCGGUGUGUUCGGGGUGCUGCUCAAUGGUUGGCUUUUUGCCACAUUCAUCCACAGUCACCUGCUCAUAUUCAGGAGUCAUAUUCUGGUACUUAAUCUGUGCACAGCAUCACUUGGCAGAAAUCUUGUCGGAUUUCCAUUUGCCGGAUCAUCGGCUAUAGCGAAAAGAUGGCUCUUUGGUCCUUCGUGCUGUCAACUAUUUGCAUUUCUGAAUCAAUUCUUUGGUGUCUUUCAAAUGACUGCCUUGUUCGUGGCAGUUUUGGAGCGAUAUUUAUUAGCAAAGUACUUCAGACGUGAAAGAUUUCUCUGUACGCGAAUGUAUUGGUCUUUCGUUGGCCUCAGUUGGUUUAAUUCAUUUAUUUUCGCCAUUCCCCCUUUGUUUGGCUAUGGGAAGUACUCAUGUGAUUCAACCGGAACUACUUGCACAUUUCUUUGGCCAUCAUCGACUUCUGGAGCCAAACACAUAGGCUUCAGUAUACCUUACAUUCUUGUGUGUGGAGUCAUACCAGUCGUCGCUAUAUUUAAUUACAUGGGAAAAGCUGUUCGGUUAGAAAGAAUAUUCUACAAAGGCGAGCAGCAAAAGGAGCAAACGAAGCUUACGCAGACUCUGCAUGCAGUGUCCAUUAGUACGUUGGCGUUUUGGAUACCUGCUGCCGUUUUGGUUGGUUACCAGUGGUUACCAUUACUCAUAUACGGAUACAGACCACAUGUGCCAUCUGCUUUGGCGGUGAUCGCACCUAUCGCCUCGGAGGCAGCCACAAGUAUUCCAGUACUUUGUUUCAUUGCCGGUGAUGAGAGGCUCCGCGCCGCACUUCUUGGACGCAUGCGCAGAAAUUACGCCUUGCUUCAACCUGAGCAGGCCAAACGGUACAACAACUUACUUUAGCAAGAUGAAGGAAGAGGAACGUCCUUGCAUGCCUGAUGCCUGUAGGGCCCCGCUGGAGAUAUUCUAAAUGAUGUCCCCCCAAGAAAUGAUCAGCAGCAAUACAAUUCAUGAUGCUAUAAGAGAAUUGUGUACACAUUUGAAAUGUAUAUCCCUACGCUUAUAAUAAAAGUUUAAGUUACAAA